CUUUUUUACAUACGACUGCUGCAGUAAUAGUAAAAUUUUUGGAUAGACUGAUUACAAAUCGCGACGAAGGAUUAUUAUUUAGGCCAGUUUUGAUUCUGCAUGUUGUUUUGGAAGGCCCUGAUGAAGUACCAGCAUCAAUUCCACAAUAUACAUCAACCAGUGAUCGUUGAUCGUUUAAUCCAGUAAUCCCGCAGCAGAUUCUGGAGUGCCCUGCCUCAAUCUGCGCGAUGCUGUUGUACGGAGACGACACAUCGGCGUGGAACGCCGUGGACGUCCUCCUCGACGACGGCCAGCUGCAGCAUGGCCGCGUCAUCAACGUGGUGGAGGGCGGCCUGAUGAUCGACUUCCAGUGCCCCGCACAGCGCUCGCACUUUGUUGAAUACGGACGCCUCUUUCGCUGCAUUCCGAACGAACCGUUCUGGCAAGAGAUCGAGCAGGUGCAGGUGCUGCUGCGCCGCCAUCCCGACGGUGCCUGGAUCUGGUAUCCGGGCCGGGUGCUGCCCCUAGCGGUGCAGGAAUAUAGUAGAGCGGAAUGGAUAGAGAUGCAGCUGCCCCACGGCAGCGUCAACGAGCUGCUACUUAGAGCCCAGGGGCGCUUACCGCCCACUGACGCCGAGCUGCGCGAGCAAGCCGUGGCGGAGAAAGACUUUGUCAUUCGCUCGUGCCCACUGCCAACCACGUAUUGGUCCGAGGUGUCGCGGGUCCUCCGGCAGAUCUUCCAGGAGGAGCUGAACCAACGACACCAUGUCUUGUGCACUUCACUGCUGAGCCAAGCACUUCUCUACCUGCAAAGUCGAAGCGCGGUUCCCCUGACAGUUGAGCAAGUGGAAGCAACCUACCACAAAGCGCGGAAGGACGUGGAGAGUGGCUGCUUGUCUUGGACAGCACAACGAAUACUCCGACAAAAUUCGGUGGAUGCCGACAGGGAAAAACGAAAGCGUCCUGCUCACAGAGGAGCGCGUCUGCCGUUGCCGGUUGAACUGCAGUUGGAGAUCUUCCAGUCGCUGGACUCAGUCGAGCGCAUCCGCUGUCGGCGUGUCUGCUCACUGUGGAACUGUCUUCUCACCACGGAUGCCUACUUCCCCGAUGUGCACGUCUCCGGCCGGUGCUAUGACGAACACACAGGCGAAAUGCACUGGGUGUUGGCGUGCCUGCUGAAAUGCCCUAGCCCUGCCAGCAAAGUGGUUAUCAUAAAGGAUCUACGCUGUUGGGAUAUCUUGGGUGACCCGAAGCGACUGGUUCAUAAUCUCUGGAAAUCCAACGUGCCGACGCUGGUGUUCUACCAGUGCGACAUCGCCCAUACUUCUGAGUACAUGAAAAGGUCGUCAUGCGUAUGACGCAGAUGGUCGUGGGCGUCGCGGCGGCCGAGAGAAUCUGGUGGAAGGAAUGCCGCGUCCAUGGGAUCCGCGUGCAGGCCGUCGUAACGGCAGAUUUCUCGCCUGGCGAACUGGACAGGGAGGAUUUGGAAGAGCAGAUGUGGGAUCUUUUUGAACGCAGUCUGAUUUUGAAGAAACCGGUGGAUCGGCUGGCGUUAGCGGAAUCGUUUGCGGACUAUGUUGCUCACAAGCGCACUGCGAACGUAGACAAGCGGAUUGUCGAGGCGCUCAACUAUGACCAGGAGGUGGAUCCGCGCGAGGCGGCAUACUACCGCGAUCGGGAGUGGACGCCGGCCGAUCUUGGUGAUGUGGAUGUCGGCAAACUGAACACCGUCACGGCGGUAGUAUUGCGCGCCAUCCUCGAUCUGGUCAGCUGAGCAUCAGCAUUUUAUCAAGGGGACUGGAUACACGGAAUACUUCUAACUGACUCUCAAAUUAUAGACGCUCACAUGUUCUUUGAGCGGAAGUGCACAUUUAGAAGUAAAUUUGGAAUUGCGUACUGAUCUUUGGCUGUUAUUAACGGGAAUUGCUACGGCUAAAAAUGCGUAACCUGCGUA